AUGAAGUACUUCAACAUCUGCCUGCUUUUCAUAAUCUGCGCACUGUGCUACGGACUGGUGGCAGCCCAAGAGGAGGGCGCGCCCGCUGGCAAUGCAUCGCCAGCGAAGAGAAUCGCUGCACUGCGUCGCCCCGUGGGCAAGGCGGCCAAGCCGACGACAACAACAACGCCGGCGCCCGCACAUGACGAUGCUGCCGAGGAGGAUGAAUACAAUGAGGAUGCCGGCGCCGGUGAGCAUGGCCAGUAUGGCGAUGAGCAGGACGAGGCAGCGGCCAGCUCCACAACGACCACAACCGAGCCGCCCAAAAAGGUGGGACCCGUCAUUCGGCCCUUCCGCUCCAACGAUGAUUUCCUCAACUCGCUGAAGCGCCGCCAGCAGAACGCCAAGAAGCAUCGCAGCGAGAAAACGCCCGCCAGCAAGCCGGCCAAGAAGUCCGACGAUGAGGCCAACGCCGAAGAGGAGGAGUCCGCCGGCGGCAAUGCGGCGCCAGCGCCCGCACCAGCUGCCCCCGCCAAGAGCUACAAGAGCAAUGCAGCACUCAGCCGUCGCAAGCUGGCCAAGCCCCUGAAGUCCGCCCAGCCGGAGCCCGAGGUGGACGCCGCUGCCGAGGAAUCCGAGCAAAAGGAGGAGGAGCAGCCAAAGCCCAAGCGUCCACUCAACAGUCGCUUGCCCUUGAGGAAGCGCAAUUAA